CAGUGACGCUGGCGCCGCCGCCGCCGCCGCCGCGUUCCAUUCUCCGAAGCCGGCGACCGCCUCGUUGCCUCCCUCCCUCUCGCCUGCCUCCUCUUCCCGCAGCGCCGGCCAGCGCAAGCUAGACAAGGGCACGCGGGGCCUCGCCGAGACCCGAAGGGGUUGCAGGCUCGCGCAGCGACGGAGUGGAUCCCGCGGCGCGGAAGCUGCGAGUGUCCCCCUCCCGGAGGUCUCCGCGCCGCUCCCGGGUGAAUUUACUCCCUGACUGGCAUUAGAAUUCUUCUGGAAUUUUAAAUUUUUUCUUUUAAAAACACUUGGACGGAUAAAAGAUGUGCCAUGGCAGGAUAGCACCAAAGAGCACCUCAGCAUUUGCCGUGGCCUUCGUGGGUCAUGGAGUGUUCCUUCCACUGGUGAUCCUUAGCACCCUGCUUGGAGACGGUCUUGCCUCUGUGUGUCCCCUGCCCCCGGAGCCAGAGAAUGGUGGCUACAUAUGCCACCCCCGGCCCUGCAGAGACCCCUUGACAGCAGGCAGUGUCAUCGAGUACCUCUGUGCAGAAGGCUACAUGUUGAAGGGUGACUACAAAUACCUGACGUGUAAGAAUGGCGAGUGGAAGCCGGCCAUGGAGAUUAGCUGCCACCUCAACGAGGAUAAAGAAACCCACACAUCACUUGGGGUUCCCACACUAUCUAUAGUGGCUUCCACUGCCAGCUCCGUGGCGCUCAUUCUCCUCCUCGUGGUGCUGUUUGUGCUGCUGCAGCCAAAGCUGAAGUCUUUCCAUCACAGCAGGCGUGACCAGGGAGUAUCUGGGGACCAGGUCUCCAUUAUGGUGGAUGGAGUCCAGGUCGCACUGCCUUCAUAUGAGGAAGCUGUGUACGGCAGUUCCGGUCAUUGCAUGCCACCCGCUGACCCCAGAGUGCAAAUUGUGCUGUCAGAAGGGUCUGGGCCUAGUGGGAGGAAUGUGCCAAGGGAUCCACAGCCGCUGGGCCAAGGGGCCUGCUCCUCUGCAGGUGGAGAGGAUGAGACCCCAGGCCAGUCUGGACUAUGUGAAGCCUGGGGCUCCCGGGGCUCAGAGACUGUGAUGGUGCAUCAGGCAACCACCUCUUCUUGGGCAGCAGGCUCAGGGAGCAGCCGACUGGCACACAAAGAAGCGGCAGAUUCUGAGAAUAGUGACAUACAAAGCCUUUUAUCCCUCACAUCGGAGGAGUACACAGAUGAUAUCCCACUGUUAAAAGAAGCAUGAGGCCUGACAGCAGCCUUUCUCCUUUUCUGCAAGGGUCCUCUCUGCCCUUCUUCCCUCUCCCACUGGGUCUGAGCACCCUGUACUCUCCAGCCACCCCACCUGGACACCUGAGCUGCCACCUGUGUAUCUGUGUGUCUCUGAAGGCCUGCAGGCCACCUUGCUGGAAACUCAAGGAAGAUUCUCGCCAUCUGCCUGGACAGCUGGAGGAGCUGGCUUUUUGCCCGGCUCAGCCUUCCCAUCUGUCAGGGACAUAUUUGAAUGUGCUGGAUCGAACUCUCCCUUUUCCUAAGCUUUUGGGUCCCUUCCAGCCAGCUCUCUGGUGGCAGCCCCCACAGUCCUUGUGGGCCUGAGUGCCACCAUGUUUACUUGUGCCUUCCCUCACCCCUUCAGUUUCCUGUCAUGCAGGCAUGUUGCUGUCUACAGGCCUUAAUGGCUGCUGCCCUUGUACACAGGGCAUGGGCCUGAGGCUGGCAUUGGUGYCCCUUGCAGGAGCAGAUCCAAGAGUGAGCUCUCAAGGCAGGAGUGUCUCUCGCUGGGGCAGGAGUGUGGGUCCCUGGGCUUGCCUUGAGCUGACACUGGUGGCACAUUUCCUUGACUGAAAAUGGAGGAUUUGGAAAAUUAUGCCAAAGCUGUCCCGGCACCCAGUUGUCCAGCUCAGGUGCAGCCUCCUCACUCUGUCAAGUUGAGAGUUUCCAGAAACAUCCAGAAGAUCUUGAGGGAGAGAAGGAAGGUGACUGAUAAUGAUCUUCUUCCUAAUAUGCAAGUUCUCACUUUCUGCUUCCAGAUCAACUGCUUGGGCCACCGCUUUUCUGCCUCCCUGGAUAAGGGGAAGUUGCAUGCUGCCUCCUGGGCUUUAUCUCAGGCAGCUCUGGCUUCCUGGAUGCCCACAGGGGCCUGAGGCACAUCAUGUCUAGGGCAGGAGAGUUGCUGAGAUGCCAUCAAAUGCUCAUCUGGUCACUGGCAGUCUGGGCAAGUUGCCCYUUUAUGAGUUUGUGGUGAUGGAGGGGAGGCCAGAAGGCACAGAACAAGUCCCCGGUGGCUGCAGGCAGCUCCAGCCCAAUCCUGAGGAUCCUCCUCACCACGGUCACGUGCCUUAGUAACUGUGCCCAGGAAGUGGCCUGUUCCCUGCUGCACCACUGCUUUUCCUACUUCUGCCCUUCCCUGCACCCCUAYACAAAUCCUGUCUGACAAGCCACACCUUGUCUUCUCUAUAUCCUAGGGAAGGGUUGAGAAAUGGUUCACAACACCCCUGGCCUAACUGGCUAAGGUAGGCCAGCAAGUGCCCAGUUGCUUGGCUCCCAAGGCCCCUUUAGACUGAAGCCUGGGUGUGGGCCCUUGAAAAUGGGGUGGUAGGAGGAUGUUCCAGCCACUGCUUCCAGGGUCCCCCUUCCCCCCAUAUUGAAUGCUAAUAAGGCUGGGUGGAUGAGCUCCAACUGGCUGCUACCAUCUUCAGAAGAUAGAUGUGGCAUUAAGGAAUGUUUGCUUUUGCUUUUUUUUUUUUUUUUUUUUUCCCUCUGAAGCACUGGGCCUGGGAAACUUUCAAGCUGACCCUGUGCUGUACCUCUGCUCCUCCCCUGACCUCCGGGGUAGUGAAAAUAUUAAAAGGUCCAGUGCAUUUUCAGUACCUGACUUAACAGGGUUAGCUCCAGGUGUGGGUGUCCUUGAACAGAGGCACAGCUGCCUCCCAGCCCACCACCCCUCUGCCUCCACUUUCACAACGCACUUUACUCCCUGGUCGUGGUCACUCCCGGCCUCCUGCCACCCCUCGUCUUCCUUCCUCUCAGGGUUAGGGCAGUGCCUGCUGGCCACUCCCACAUGUCCCCUACCCAGGAGCACCAGCUGCUGCCUAGAGUCCAGGCAAGUGUGGUUAGCUGGGAAUGAGGUGGAGAAGGUGCUAGAACUAGAAGGCUGAAGCCUGAGGGAGAUGAGACACACCUCCCAGGAGUUGCUGGCAUGCCCCCCUUUCCCAGGGGUCCUGAGGCCCUCAGCUGCAUUACAGACCCCGGCUCCCUUGUGUCCACAGUGCCGUCCUUGUCUUCUUCCAGGACAGAGCAGGGGGAAGUGAGUAGGAGGGGGCUGAAGUCUCACUGUGGAGCCUUUAGCUUUUAUUUUCCACUCUUCCAAAACCUGGAUUCUAUUCUAGAAUAUUUUUUAAAUAGAAGAUCCUACCCUUUUCUAUCUGGUUACUCUAGGUUUUUGCCCCUUGAGAGAUUGCACUUUUUGUUUGGGGUUUAUUCAGCCACCUAGGUGACUGGUAUGGCCCUUAGUAAAAUGAACAGCCUUCCUUCUCCUAAUGCCGCCUUCCCUCUCGCCAUGCUUUGACACCGCUCUGGGGAUCACAAGCCCAGGCUUGUCUGCCUGGUAGGAAAGUAAGAAGCCUGAACAAGUGGGCCCACCCCCUCCUCGGGUCUGAGGAGGCUCUCUUCUGAGGCUCCUGGGCUUGUGCAGGCAUUGCGGCUCAGCCUGUCUUGCUGCUGAUGUCUGGAUCAGUUUCUUCCUACAGUUAUUUCUCUUUCCCCCAAAGCAAAUCUUAACCAUCAGCCAUGUGCUACUGUUCCUGGGGCUUCUGGGCUUUGUCCCUUGUUAAGGGGGUUGGGGACUCCACAGCUGCCUUGAGGUGGGGCCUGGCUAGAAACAGGGCCAGUGUCACGUGGCAGGCUGAUAGGAAAGAGGCUGCUGAGAGCCUGGAGCAGAUGGGAAGAAAGAAACAGCCACAGCCCUGCUUUCCCAAGCUCAUCUCUAGGGGAGUCCUGCAGACUUGUGCAGGAGAAAUGGUCARCACCAAAGGACUUAUUUUUGUUUUGUUUGCACACUUGAGCUGACUCAGUGCAGGUUUUAUAUCCUGGUGACUUGCAGUCACAUUUUAGCAACUUUCAAGAGCCAGAACAUGGUGAAAAUCAUUUAAAAUUUCCGUCCCUUCCAUGCCUUAGUUUAGYAGGUAGGCUCUGUCUUUUGCCAUUUCUGUAUUUCGUGUGCUAUGUUCCUGUUUCACUGGAUGUGAACUGUGAAAUGGGCCAAGUCCUGGCCACUCUGUGAGUUUGGUUUUAUAACGCAUUUCAAUAUACAUUCUACAAGCACUCCGUUUGCAAACAGAAGAUUGUCUUCCCCAUACAACUUGCCCUUCUCCUCCCAGCCCCAGCUUUAAAGUUCUGUGGAGAAACCAGAUGGCAAGAAAGACAAAGGUAUAUGAUUCCUGCUUCAUGAGUGGUGGCGUGGGGAUAGGUGGCACUUGCCCUUUUCCUCCCAAUGCCCACCGAGUGCUCAAACCACUUGCUUCCUACAUAACAAUGUUGCUUCCAUUUCUGGGGAACAUCUUUUCAUAGAGAAUGGAAUAUGCUGCAAAUAUUUCUAGAUUUUUUUUUUCUCUUCCCUUCUGAAAGAGCAAAAAGGGGCUGGAAGGGAAGUGACAUACAGGCUUCACAGCUGAAUUCCAGGUUCACAUGCCAAGGACAGCAAGGCUAAGACCUUCUUGUGAGCCUGUGGGGCCUGCUAGGCCUCCUGCAGGGCUUGCAGAAUGUUUUUCUCAACAGAUGUUUGGACUGAGUGGUAUGGUAGCUGGUUUGCUAGAGGGAAAGGUGGCAGGCCCAGCUUUGCUGGAGAGUGACUCUUUAACUUCCAUUUGGAACCCUAGUAGAA